CGGACGAUGGACCGGUUUGGGCGCAAGAGCAACACUUGAAUAGCAAGGCUUAGUCCGGAGCGAAUGGAUGAGGUCUCGGAAUGCGGUUGAACACACGGAAGCCCCGUGGUCGCCACCUCCAAGUGUUUGCGUGGUUGUCUCUGCGUCAUCACCUCCUCUGCUCCAACAUGCGCCAGAUUUGACUAAGCAUGAAACUGCCAAUGCAGCAGCCAACCUUGCUCGUUCGCUCUCGCGCAAGGCUGAGUCCGAAAGCAAGCUCCUUGAUCCCUCCAUAAUCUCAAUAUGGCGCCGUGCUAUAUACCGCGUGCGGAAAACCCCGCGCCUCGGAAACCUCACCUCUGCUUCUCAUAGUGUUCCAGUGCGAGAGCUGAACGUAAGCGCUCAACUCUAUAUAUCGAGUGUAGAGCCAGAAAAUAUCCCCAACGAAGCGCGGAAAUGGCGACUGCGGAAACGUGCGAGCUCUCGCCUUCGCAUCCUCCUAAGCCAUCCGCCAUUGCCACCUUUAAGCAGCUCCUUCCAGAGAUCAAGAAACAGCUGAUCCACCUCCGCCACACGCACGAUGCCCACGAACCUGAAUACUUCCGCGCCGUGUCCAUGCUUUCUGAUCACGAACUCGCCGACUUCUCCGCCGACGACCUGGUUGCGGUACGCGCGGGCAAUGUGGCUUACGGUCUCAUUGUGUUCGGAAAGGUGCGCAUUCCCGCGAAGGCGAGGAUUCCUGGGGCGCAAGGGCAGUAUUUCUUUGUGAGGUGGUUUGUGGGAGGCGGAGAUGAAGAUGGUGACGGAACGGUGGAGAAAGAGGUCAAGUUCCAUAGUAUAUACACAGAGGAGAAGGACGAUCCAAACGGAGGAAAGACCUUUAGAGCGAUCAUGGGGGAAGAUGAUGAGCUAUUCUUCUUCAAUGAGUAACCGCUCGAUUCCUGAAUUCAUCAUGACCGUAAAGCAUCCCUUUCAGUCUCAAAUUGAAUGCACGUCAUGUUCUUCGUUACAUUCCCCUUAAUGCCACCUCAAUGGUAACGCCCAUCAUAUUCAUAGGACCUCUUGACGAGGUCCGGAAGUAACAGCCCUCUUUAUGAUUGGCACUACUCAUCAUGACGCUAUGCCAAUCUGCGAGACAUUCCCAGCAGAAUUCAUGUCUGCAUAGGGAACAUGUCAUAUGGAAACAACC